AUGCUGACAAAUUCUAUUAGUGAAGCCUUGAUUGGUGCUUAUCGAAAUGGCGCCUUCAUGCAAGUACCAAAUCUAGUCGCGCUUGCCAAUAAAAUGAAGAGAUCAGCGAUGUCCAUUGCUUCUAAUGAACUGCAUCGAUAUUUAUCAGCUCUUUUUGCCAUUGAUAACAUAGAUGAAGCUGUAAGUACGCUGCACGGCAGUGACGACACUAUAGGCUAG